AUUCCCGCCACAGAAUCCGUCGAGCACGGACGCGAAGGGAUUAUCAACAUUCUUUUGGACUCUUGACAAGAUGCGAACGACAGCGAUGCUGUUGCUGGUGCUCGGCCUUGUGGCCAUCCAUUACGUCGAUGAAGGAGUGGCUCAUGUACUGCCCUUGGCCGGAACCUAUCUGAUAUCUCCGGCAGGUCCAAUUCUGUAUCUAGUCCAACCCCCACCACCACCAGAGGAUGAUGGCUUAUACAAACCUCCCGGCCCCGGAAAAGAUGGAUUGUGGCAGCCGCAGCCCGGACAAGAGGGAGAGCCAGAACCAGACCCCGCGCCAGAGCCAGAACUCAGCCAGAGUCAAAGUGGCGGCGCCAGCUCGGAUGCCGGUGAGGAUGGAGGCUCUCUGAGCUCGGACAGCUCUGGUUCUGCAGCCGCUGGUGAUGGCUCGGGAGCUGCAGGUGCUGCUGGAGGAGGAGCCGGAGGAGCCGGCGGCGCCGGACAGCCUGGUGGUCUUCUAGGUGGUGCGGGUGGAGCAGGCGGAUCAGGAGGCGGCGGCAGCGCAGGGGGCGGAGGAGCAGGUGCAGGCGGCGGUGGAGGAGGAACACUCACAUCCGGUCAGAGCGGAGAAAAUGGACAGCCGGGAGCGCCCAGUCCGUCUGGACCACAGCCCGACGGCGAGGACGGUGCCGAUGGAGCCGACGGUCCAGAUGGACCAGAUGGUUCCAAGGGAGGAAAGGGUGGUGGCGGUGGAAAGGGAGCGCGCAAUGGUGCCGGCGGUGGGGCUGGGGCGGGAGGCGCCGCACCCCAACCCCCACCACUUCCCUUAGCUCCCGCUGUUCUCGUCCCAGCCCCCGUCUGGCCCGAUCCGGAGUUGAAUUUGAUCCACGUUAUCUAGAUGCCCUCUGAACUUUCUGCCAUUUCCCAUAUAUGUACCUUCUUGAUAACCGAUUAAGCAACCAUUAGUCUUAGGUCUAGUCAAUGUUUCUGUAACUCACAAUUACCUUAAGCUGAAGCAAACGAAUAUUAAAAUUCCAUUACACAGUGUACAAAAGGA